AUGUCCCACGGCGGACCACUCACUCUUGCGCAGAAGCGCAUGAUGGCUAUGCGCAGUGAAAGCGCCACCAAUGCGCCCACAACCGACCCUCAGCACAUGCCACUUCUUCCACCUGUCUAUGAUCAAUCGUCAUCAGCUUCGACUAGCCCACGCAACACUGACAACCAACCUUCACUUACUUUUGGAGACAUCGAGAUGCAAGACAUCUCUGCGCCUGCCACACCAAGCUAUUCUCACUCACGUCCUCAGCCUUCGUUCUCUGCGGCCGCAAAACCAUUCGUGCCUCCUGGAGGUACCGAUACUACCACUGAAACCAUGCCUUCUGCAAGCACCACUCCAAUGAAGAGACUUCCUCCCCACCGUGCAAUGCAGGCACAAACUCCAAAGAAUUCUGCGGCCAUCCCUAUCGUCAAGCCAGAGCCUCCUGCUGCGUCUGCUCUUACUGAACAUAGCGCCGUUGAGCCACCUGUUCGCCGUACCGGUCCUCACGCAAAGUUGGGCCCUCAUGCUCGCAAAGUGGUCACUCCUGUUCAACCCGACGGUCCCAGCACUAUUCAGGCUCAGGACGACAAGAUCGAUGUUCAACAGACACCUGAUCCCGACACUUGGACUAGUGUUCAGGAGCCUCAGGUCGAGAUGGAAGCUGCUCAGAGCGAGCCUUCGCCCAUCCACUACGAGACUGAGCCUGAGGCUGCUCCAAGCGCUGAUAAGCCUGCCACUCUUGACUCUGCCCCUUCGGCCGAACCACAAGCUCCAGCAGUGGAACCUGGUGUGGCUACGUCGAACCAGGUGAAUCGCGUCACUAGCCAAAUUGGCCCUAACAAGUGGCUGGCCAUGUUGGAAGACCUGAAUGACCCUGAGAAGGGCUGUGAGGUCAUCCUCGCCCUCGCUGACCACCUCCGUUCCAGUGUGGGGAGCAGAAAGUCGACAGCCGGGGAGUUCAACACUGCCAAGGAAAUGGUAGUAUUGAUGGAAAAUGUAUCUGGACAACGCAUGCCUGCUAAAGUGGCUUCCGACAUGGCCGUCAGCGAUAUGAUCAAGGAGUGCGCUUCGUAUAUCAACGUCCACCAAUCUGACAUUCAAAUCGUCCUGAAGAUCAACCAAUCGGAAGAGCUGUGA